AUGGCCACCUCAGAUGACGAAUUGGCCUACCUCCAGCCAGGGUUUGCGUUAUCGUCCUUGACUGUUCCGAAACUGCGAUCCAUUCUUGUAUCGCACGACAUCACCUAUCCCUCCUCCGCAAAGAAACCUCAGCUGAUCCAGCUCGUUGAAGACCAUGUUCUACCCCAUUCGCGCAAGAUCCUCAAUGCUAGAGCACACACCAAGCGCACAAGUAAAGGCAUUACCGACAUGCCGAGCAGUCAGGAAUCGAGCACGGUUGACGGAGAAGAUGAGGACGAAAUGCCACCACCACCUGUGCCAGCAAAGACGCCGGCAGCGGCUGCCGCCAAAGAAGAAGAGUCGUCUCCUCCACCUACCACCGCAAGAAGGGCUCCGACACCAGGUGGAAGAAAGAACACCGUUAAACAUCCAAGAGUCUCGGAUACGGACACAGAUACGGAGAAGAUCAGGCCAUCUGCGAGGAAAACUAGGAAGAGCGAAGCUCCUACAAUCGUGUUAGCCCCUCAUGUCCAUAUCGAUGAGCCUGAUCUACCGGUCAAAUCGGAGCGCAGGGCCAAUGGUGAAAGUCCAUUUACAUAUGACAAUCCCUUCCAGUCAGGCAGUUCCCCAUCUGCUGACAAUCGAAGAAUAUCAGCAUCGUCAAGCCGGUCUCGUAAAAGCCUGGGUAACGUCAAAGAGGACCGGAGGAAAUCGAGCAGCGCACGACGGAAAACCACAUCUCCGAAUGAGCGUCCUGCAGAACAGGAAGAUGGCAUUACCGCUCCAUCUCGCAGCACGUUCGAGUUCCCAGUCUCACGUAUCAAAGCUGAGCGUCAGGAAGAAAUAGAACCGACCGAAGAAUUCACACCGGAAGAGCAAUUGGAGCUCGUUCGCGACCGAGCAGCCCAGGGCUACUCGGGUAGUCAACUCAUUCCAGCCCGUCAAUCUACUCUAACUCGUCGAGCAAGACAGCCAGCCAGCACAGCCACCAAAUCUGCCACUUGGGGUGUCCUUCUCACGCUGCUAGGAUCAAUAGGCGCAUGGUACCGCAAAGAAAAGAUCGAUAUCGGCUAUUGUGGUGUCGGUCAACCCGAUUGGUCGCUCUCGAACUACAACACCAACAUUCCUACUUGGGUCAAAGAUACUCUACAGCCUGCCUGCGAGCCAUGCCCUCAACAUGCCUUCUGCUACCCCAGCAUGGAGAUCAAAUGUGAGCAUGAUUUUGUGCUGAAGCCACAUCCGCUGAGCCUGGGAGGCUUGAUUCCGCUGCCACCCACCUGUGAACCUGAUGGUGAGAAAGUCCGUAGGGUAAAAAUGGUGGCUGACAGAGCUGUGGAAGAGCUGAGAGAGCGCAGGGCAGCUUUCGAAUGUGGAGAGGAUAUCAAGAAUCUACAGAGUACGGAGGACAGUGGGGAAGGCCAGACAAUCGUGAGAGCCAGCAAGCCUAAGUUGGAGAUUUCAGAAGAGGCGCUGAGGGAGGAAGUGGGCAAGAUGAGGCGCAAGGGCAUGUCGGAUGCUGAAUUCAACGAUCUCUGGCAGGGGGCGCUCGGGGAGAUUACUGGACGAGAAGAAGUUGAGGUCAUUCGAGAUGGAUCUGGCUCUAUCCUCCUCUCCAGCAGCUCCCUCGCCCGCUUCCCCCUCGGCUGCGCCAUCCGGCUCUCCGUCCUCCGCACUCUAUCCCGAAAUCGACUCCCUCUUUCAGUUCUAGCCGUCGUCAUCCUCAGUAGCAUCUACGCCCGCCACAAAGUCACCACCUACCGCUCCGCCACCGCACAAAUCCCCACCCUCGUCAACACGACCCUGGACCGCCUCGCAACGCAGGCCGCGCUGGUUGCUGACGGCAGAGUCAGCGAGGGCUUCAUCAGCGUCGGCCAGUUGAGGGAUGAUGUGUUGAGGAGCACGUUUAGCAAGGAGGAGAGAGAACGGAUCUGGGCCGGCGUCAAGCGGGUGGUGGAGCAGAAUUCGAAUGUGAGGGCUGGGAACCGCGAGGGCGAGAGGACCGGCGAAUGGAGUCGGGUUUGGGAGUGGAUUGGGCCGGUGGAUUUCCAGGUUAGGGGGUUAGAGGGGGGGAGAAGGAGUGGAGGCUUGAUCAGGGAGGCGGGAGAGGAGGAACAGCAGCAGAAUCAUGCCGAAGGCGGAGAGCUAGUACAGGGCAGUAGUAGGAAAUGGGACGAAGGGAGGCCGAUUUAUUGA